AUGAAGAGAUCAGAGGAGCCGUUUGUGAAGGAGAUGGGUGACGAGGCAGAAUGGAGAGCCGACGUCGCAGCUUUGAGCUGUUUUGGGUCUAAUGGGGAAGAGGAGGUGCGAGCAGUGGAAGAGGUACGUGGAAUGGAAGAGAUGGUUGGCGAAGGAGUUGGUGAGAGGGAAGGAGCGGCAAGGAUAAUGGCUGAGAAGAGGAGGAGUAACGGUGUGAGACGAGGAGAGAGCGAAGACCCAAGGUAUUUUGUCUGA